AUGAAGGAUCUUGGAGAGUUGAAAUAUUUCCUUGGAAUUGAAUUUUCCAGAAAUGCAGAUGGUAUUCUUAUGAAUCAGAGAACAUAUGCACUUGGACUUGUAUCUGAACUUGGGUUAGCAGGGUGUAAACCUGCAUCCACUCCUUUAGAGUUCAAUCAUAAGUUGACAUCAACUGUGUUUGAUGAAUGCACAGGAAAAAAUGCAGAAGAUAUAACUCUUGAUGAUUAUGGAAAAUAUCAAAGAUUGAUAGGUAGGUUAUUGUACUUGAUUAUGAGUAAGCCUGAUAUUGCCUUUGUAGUUCAGGUACUUAAUCAAUACAUGCACUCACCAAAGACAUCUCAUAUGGAAGCAACACUUAGAGUGGUGAGAUACAUAAAAGGUACAACAGGUCUUGGUCUGUUCAUGCCAAGCAACAAUGUGCCUGAACUUGUGGCUUACUGUGACUCAGACUGGGGUGCAUGUAUAGAGUCCAGAAAGUCAGUGACUGGUUACAUAGUCAAGCUAGGAAGUGCCUUGGUGUCUUGGAAAGCAAAGAAACAAAACACAGUGUCAAGAAGUUCUGUAGAAGCAGAGUUCAGGAGUAUGGCCACCACAGUAGCUGAGAUAGUUUGGCUGAAAGGGUUGUUCAAAUAG